AUGGCGACAUCCAGCGCUAGCGCAACGCUCUCCUCCCAAACGCCACAGACUACAGAGAUAAGCAAUGAGAACUCCAGAAAAACUCGCAAAGAGCCUCUGGAGUCGAUGCCAGAGAUCCUGGAAAGCAUGAUACGCGAAAGGGGAGAUUUUCGAAAGGCUCGGCUAGCCCACAUUGAAGGUUGGAGAUUCUUAGGAGGAGGCCUGCUGAUCUCCUCGUUGGAGGUCACAAUCAUAGGCACCGCAUUAAUAACAAUAUCAUCACAUCUGGGAGAUUUCGAGCGAUCGGCAUGGGUGGUCACAACUUAUUUGGCAACAUAUUGUGCAUUCGUCAUCGUUUUCGCAAGGGUAAGCGAUAUCUUUGGACGACGAACAACGUGGUUGGUUGCUCUGGGAUUUUUCGUACUCGCCUCUGUGGCCUGCGGAGCAGCUCAAACAAUGACACAGCUUAUUGUGUUUCGCGCCUUGCAAGGAAUCGGGGGCGGUGGACUUUACGCAUUGGCUAUGACUGUGGCCACCGAAGUACCGGGCAAGCUGAGAGCCCCGAUCAAUAGCAUCUUAUCGUCCGUUUUUGCGUUGGCAAGUGCAGCAGGUCCACUUAUUGGAGGUGCCAUUGCAACAGGGACAUCCUGGCGCUGGGUUUUUCUUCUCAAUGUGCCCAUCGGCGUUGUCGUCUUUAUUGUGUCUUUUAUAAUAUUUCCAACAAAUCCGUUCCCCUUGUCCUACAGUCUAGAGGCUUACAGAAGAAUCGACUACGUGGGUUUUUUUCUGAGCGUUGGGAGUAUCGAGUUGCUAGCGUUGUCCCUACAGUCCGGAGGCGUCAACUAUCGAUGGGACAGUGGAAGUAUGAUCGCCCUUCUGACCAUCACUGGUUGCUGUUGGAUCGCGUUCUUCGCUUGGGAGAUGGCUUUAUCUUCGAAGCUCUGGAAAUCGAAAGCACUUCCAAUCUGGCCCUGUAAUCUUUUCUUUAGAAGGAUUAUUGGAAGUGGACUACUGGCUGCUUUGUUCAGUGGUAUUGGGUUUAUUGCCGUCAUUGUGUAUCUACCACAACGUUUUCAGAUUCAAAAUGGGGAUCCUCCGAUCAUGGCUGGUGUGCGAAUGUUGGCCUAUUUGUUGGUCUCGUCUUUAUUCGCUGGCCUUGCAGCUGUCGCUGUGGUUUUUAAAAAUGUACUUUUCCCUCUCAUGUUAUUUUCUAGCAUCAUGCAGAUUGUUGGACUGGGAUUGCUUUCCACAUUACCUACAACAGUCGGAAUAUUUCCUGGACAGUAUGGUUACCAGGUUAUCCUUGGCAUAGGAUUUGGAAUCGCCUUGAGCGUGCUACCACUUAUCACGCGCAUGGAAAUAACUCUCUUUGACCAUGCAAUUAACAUGGGCGCAGUCACCCAAAGCAGGCUAAUUGGAAGUCUCAUUGGUGUUGGAUUCGGCGAAAUUGUGCUCCAGUCGCGUUUGUGGACGCGUUUGUCAACAAUACUCACACCGGAAGAACUUGGAUUGAUCAGGCAAUCGAUGUCUAAUGCUUCGAAAUUGAGUCCGUACAAGCACGCAGCAGUUCAGAACGAAUUUGGGAAAGACUGCAAUUUGAUAUUUCGGAUUUGCAUGUAUAUUUCCAUCGGCUGUCUUCUCGCGACUCUUCUUUGCUACAAGAGGAAACCCAUCUCCAUCAAGGAGCUGGAGAAAACAGAAUCGACCUUGGCUACACUUGAGGCGCAAGAGAUCGGUGAAACCAGUAGACGAGGAGAUUGUUAG